UUUCGCCCGGGGCGUAAUUCCAUGUAGAACCGCCACUGCUGACUGCUGGGACCAGAUGUUGUUAAUUAAACUGAUGGUGUUUAGUCCUGAGUUGUGAUAUGGUGUUGGAAGACCAAUGGACUGGUAGACUUAAAACAGUGUUGCAAUUCUCAUGUUGGGAAAUAUCAAACUGAUGCUUUGGCGUAUCAACUUCGCGAUAGGUUGAUACGCCAAAGCCUCAGUUUGAUAUGUCCUGGCAUGACUGAACGGUUGAGGUUAGUAAUUUGUUUAUUAUAUGUAGGGUGACCAUAGUUGAGUUUGUGAAAAAGAGGACACUUCAGAGUCGGCGUUGGAUGGGAAUUGUAAGCAGAAAGGGGAAACACUGCGAGAAAACAAGAAGCGACCCUGAAAACACGCCCAUUCGAAUUAACGGAACUUUUUGGAACUUUCUGAACAGCGGUAGUCUAUAAUAAACGGAUUUAACCGCGCAAGAUGGAAGGAAAUCUGUCCAAAUAUGCCCUCAUCUUCCUCGUCCUUGCGCUGUCAGGAGUCAUCUUCUUCUUGCAGAACAUUCACACUCUGGAGAGAUGGAACUGCCAGUCGAUGUCCUCUCUCUACCAGCUCCAGAGCAGCAUCAGUUCCGUCUUCAAGCCCUCUGGACCCUUCCUGCCUCUGGACCAGAAUCGCAGCUACUGUCCCAACCUGGGCCAGGAGGUGUCCCGAGAGGAGGCCCAUGAGGAGCGCUACCUCCUGGAGUCCAUUUCCUGGCCUGAGCCCCCCGCGCUGGGGGUGCCGGUCCACCAGAGCAGCGACCCGGCUCGCAGUUAUUUCGUGAUCCAGCCGCCCGCCGACAUCUCGGGCCAAGCCACGUGGCGGGUGGGCGGCAAGCUGAAAGUGCUGGUCCACAUACAGAACUCCCUGGGCCAGCCCAAGAGGUAUGGCGGGGACUUCCUGCUGGCCCGGAUCCGUUCCCCAGAGAUUGGCGCCGGUGCAUCGGGCUGGGUCGUGGACCGGCAGGAUGGCCUGUACGCAGUGGAGCUCCCACUGCUGUGGGCAGGGGCCGCGCAGGUGGAGGUGACGCUGGUGCACUCAAGCGAGGCGGUGGCCGUGCUACGGCGCUUGAGGGAAGAGCGGCCGGACCGCGUUUUCUUUCAGAGCCUCUUCCGCUCCGGCUUCCUGUCUGAGACCACCGUCUGCAACCUGUGCCUUCCCACUGGACCCCGUCAGCCAGCGCUGUGCAACUACACAGAUCCGCACACAGGUGAGCCCUGGUACUGCUACAAACCCAGGCUGCUGGACUGCCACACUCGCAUCAACCAUGCCAAAGGGGACUACAAGAAGCACCUGCUCACCACCACAGAGUCAUUGCUGUUCUUGAGCUCUACCAUCAAAGCUCCGGUCCAAGCCCUCGGAAUGGACAACAUAACUAUUUUGCCCGCAGUGAAAGAGCUGUCUUUGGUUCGCAGAGACCGGGCAAAGUUCCUGCCGUCUGGGUAUUACUACCAGGGUUCUUGGAGACCUUUAGCUGGAAUCCCAAUACAACAGUUCAAUGACUCCUCCACCAUUACUCAGUGUCUUCAAGGGAAACUGUUUUACAUGUAUGGAGACUCUACUGUUCGACAGUGGUUUGAGUACCUCAACGCCUUUGUUCCAGAACUGAAGGAGAUCAACCUCCACAGCCCAAAGAACAUGGGGCCCUUCAUGGCUGUAGACAGCGUCCAUAACAUCCUGCUGAAGUACCGCUGCCACGGCCCGCCCAUCCGCUUCUCCACUGUCUCCACCAGCGAGCUGCGCUAUGUGGCCAACGAGCUUGACGGUCUGCCAGGUGGCCAUGACACCAUUGUGGCUCUGAGCAUCUGGUCGCACUUCAGCACAUUCCCCGUAGAGGUGUACAUGCGGCGACUGCGCCACAUCCGCCGCGCCUUAGCCCGCCUUUUGGACCGGGCGCCAGGCACGCUGGUGGUGGUGCGCACGGCUAAUCCGCAGAAGCUGGACCCAGAGGUCAGCCUGUACAACAGCGACUGGUUCUCCGUGCAGCUGGACUCUGUACUGAGGGCCAUGUUCCGCAGCCUGCGGGGGGUGGUGCUGCUGGACGCGUGGGACAUGACUCUGGCGCACCCUACCCAGCCCCACCUUCUGCACCCUCCCCAGGACAUUGUGAAGAACAUGAUCGAUCUCAUCCUGUCCCACAUUUGUCCAGCCAAACAGGAGCCCUAAAAAUCACAUAAGAUCAUAUUUAUUUAAUCUUGUGUGCACAAGUUAUUAUCUUGUGGAAACAAGUUACUUAUUUAAGAUGCUUACCUUGUUCCCACAAAUUAUAAUUAUCUUGUCUUCACAAGAAAAUAACUUGAGGGCACAAGAUAAUUGUGUUAUGCGCACAAGAUAACAACUUGUUCCCACAAGAUAAUAACUGGAACGCACAAGAUAAUUCUGUAAUACGCACAAGAUAGAAAAUAUCACCUUGCAGGACUUUAGGCGUUCCGUAGAAUACACAUCUUCAUACAGGUUGCUGAGAUUUUGGUGCCAAGAUUUUACAGGUUUUCCUUGAGUUUCCAUUUCCACCCAGCUGGAGAAGAGCGCUGCUGCACUACCCUGUCCUGAAUCAUCAGCCCAACUGUGAGCCCUGGGAUGCAAUAGAUGACGAUAACCCUCUGUGAAGAUGGGUUGAGAACUCAAAGAACUCCAAAUGGUUCCCACCUAUACACAGAUUAAUUCACAGUCAGUUGAACAUGUCUGACUGUUGGAC